CCUCUGAUGGCUGAGUUUGCUGUGAACUCUUUCCCUUAAUGACUGAAAACAUCAAGGCUUUGUGUCAGGUGAAGAAUAAAAGAAAUAUGGACAGUGAUUUUAUGAACACAUUAUUUAUUUUUGAACUAUCUGUGUAAGUCAGUGCUCUCAGUUUCCAAGUUGUGUUGUUUGACUGGUCUUCAAGAGCAUUUAGAAGAACUGUAGUUUUUGAUUGCAUUUUUUUAAUGGCUUCUGUGGCUGGGCAUUUCAUGCAGUUUCACCCUGUUCAUGGAAAAAAUGUCAGAUUGGACGCAUCAGGAACGCAAGCCACAAGAGUGGAGAGCUUUGCUAAUGGGGUCUGCUUCAGCAAGAACCCCUUAGCUCCUGGGGAGAUCUUCCUGAUUGAGAUUCAGGACAAGGAGCAGGGCUGGUGUGGCCACCUCAGGAUUGGGCUUACAGCAAAAGACCCCCGAAGCUUGGAGGUUGUACCAGAGUACUCCUUGCCUGACCUUGUGGACCUGGGCAACAGCUGGGUGUUUGCCAUUACUCGAAACCACAACAAGGUCUUGGAGGACCCUAGUGAAGAAGGACGCAGCACGGAGGAGAACAGACCAAGGAUGUUCUUCACUGACUCUCACUUGUACAUUGAAAGCGUAAGCAUCCCCAGGGACAAGUUGGUGGGUCGCAGUCGUCCAGGACGUUUCAGCCACAUUCUGGAUGACCUGUACAAAACCAAUGUCCUGCCACCCACUGCCCGUCGCAGUCGUAUCGGAGUCACGUAUGUGCCGAGAGGAGCGGGAUUGGCUGAUAUGCAUAUUGUUAUCAACGGUGAGGACAUGGGUCCCAGCGCCAAGGGCAUUCCAACCCAACAGCCACUCUAUGCUGUGGUUGACGUGUUUGCUGCCACCAAGUCCGUAAGCAUUGUCCAAGUGGAAUAUGGAUUUUCUUCUCUGCAAACCCUGUGUCGCAAGGUAAUACAGAAACACAUAGUGCACAGAAUGGCCCUGGAUUGGUUGGAUCUCCCUCCUUUGCUCAAGCACUACUGCAAGUACGAAUGAGUUGAGGAAAGCACAGCUGCUGCUACUGUUCACAUGUAAAGGUCAUGUUCCAACAAUGUAAAAUGUUAUGGAUUAAAUUAUUCAUGGGGGAGCCGCUGACUACCUAGGGCGAUAAGCACAUCAUUUAGUAUGGCUUCUGAAAUGUCAAGAAGGAUGAACAACUGAUACAAUUUCUCAAAAAGGAAAAUAAAUAUGUUUA